AUGCUACACACCCGCGAAAGCCCGGAGGACGUCUCGCUCGGGGCACGGCUAGCUCACCUCGAGAGCUUGAUAGGCACCGAGGCAAUUGAUCUGGAUAAAUUCAGCCACAGCAAUACCACAUUAUCGGCUAUCCUAGAUGCAGUUACAUUAAAACUCAAUAGCUGGAUCAAUACCGCGACCGUGGAGUCACGGCUACUGAUGGAGUUACUGAUGAACCAUCAGGAAUCGGCUCUCUUAGCAAAACAACAGCAAGACGAAGGUGAUAACCCAUACGAGAUAGUGGUCAUCGAAAGAUUAGAAGUCAUGGCCAGAUCGCUCAUACAACUAGAGACUCUUUAUAGAGACUCACUACGAUUGGAUACAACUGAAUCUCUUGCAUUGGACACCGAUAUAAUCUCCCAAAUAAAUCAAUUGUUUACAAACUGUAACGUAUGCAUCAAACGCACAAUAGUACUAGCUUAUAGAUUGAAACUGCGACAUAGGAAACACCAACAAUACGUAAAAUAUCUUGAAGACAGACUAAUGAUCAGAGAUGAUCAGAGAUGA